AUGGCCGAUGCUGACUUGGCCAACCUGCAGGGUGACCACACCACAUCCUACAUCAUGUCUGACCAAUCGUUGGGUGCCCCGGAUAGCAAUAUCACAAACAAGCGCAAGCGCGAAGGUGAUGACAGCGCGGGCCCGGAUCCUCAGCGCCUGAACCGCUCUUCCAAUGGAAGUAGUGGCAGCAUGCCUGGCGCGGAUGCUCAGAACAAUUUCGCACACAGCUCUCUUACUUCCUAUGAUGCGCACGGUCUCCCUACCUCUACUUCGGAGCUCAACAUUGACCAGCAAAUCCUCCAACAUGUCGGACCACAGAACGGUAUCUCUGAUGAGAACGCUCUGACUGCUAAAGCCGCUUUGGCCGCGCACAAUCCUCAGAACAAAUAUCCGCCUCCCCCCGAACCUUCUUUCGACGCCAAUAAUCUCGCCCACGGGUUGACGUUCGGCGACGAUAUGGGUCAGGCUAUGGGCCCUACUCAUGGACACAAUUCGACCGCCGCAGCUGUCUACGCUGCGCGCGAAGCCCAGAGUAUGAAUCAAAAACCGUCCGUUGGUUCUCCUGAGUGGCACCAAAUUCGCAAGAACAAUCACAAAGAGGUGGAACGUCGGCGUCGUGAAGCUAUCAACGAGGGUAUUAAUCAGUUAGCGCGUCUGGUCCCCAACUGUGACAAGAACAAAGGCGCUAUCCUACAGCGUACAAUCGAGUACAUCUGCCAGCUGCAUGAUGAGAAGAAAACGAUGAGUGAACGAUGGGAGCAAAACAACAUGACUACAAGUCAUGCUAUCAACGAGAUCAGCGCUCAGAAUUCCAAGUUGAAAUUAGAAGUCAACCGCCGUGGAGAUAUCGCACAGAAGUGGCUUCAGCGCUGUCGCGACGCAGGUCUCGAGUUCGACGACUACAACGACGCCGAAGAGCUCGAGCCGCUUGAGGUCGAUCAGGGUCAGGUCUGA